AUGGCGACUGACAAUUCAUCGAAAGUGGAAAUGCUAGUAAUGUACAAAGAGUGCAUGCACAACCCUGCGGACUCCAACAGAGAUUUCCUCCACGAUGGCUGCGGCCUCUUCGAGGCCCCUAGCGGCACCACCACCAGAUCCCGUGAGGCCAUGUUCCGUGCCGUCUGCGGCUGCCACCGCAACUUCCACCGGAGAAUCGAGGUGGAAAUUCCCCCACGCCACCGCUCCUCCCGCUCCUCCUCCAUCCGCCACCACCAACAACAACAACAGCCCUCCUUGCACCCACACCAACCACAACAGCCCGCCUCGCACCACCACCACCACCGUGGUCGUUUCGCUCCCAAGCAGGUGGCGGCUCGUCGGCAGAGGCGGGCCCUAGCUCACCAUGUGGAGGGAACUUCUGCUGCGGCACAGGAAGUGCCACCUCAGCAUGGGGUGCGUGCCCCCUGCAGAAAGAGAAUAACGAGGGCCCAAAGCGAAAUGGUCAGGGCCUUGACUGAGAGGAACGACUGGAAAAUGUUCCGGGAGUAG